CGGCUGCACCACGAGAGCGAUCGGCACUGGGCGCUGCGGCGCCGCUUCAUCCUGCGCCACCUGCCCGGCUACCGCGGCGCCGCCAUGGACCGGCUGCUGUCGCUCUCGGUGCUCUGGAGCAACCACGUCUUCAUGGGCUGCAGGUACAACCCACAGGUCAUGGAGAAGGUCCUCGAGAUGGCCGAAGGCAUCGACAUCGGGGAGACGCGGACAUACGAGCUGGUCCCUGCCAGGAAGCUCAAGAGACACCUCUCUCCAUCCGACAGUCCAGAGCCAGAGGAGAUUCCCGAGCCUCCCAAAAAGAUGGUCCCCAGGUUUCGGGUACGCCCGCGCUUCGAGCCCAUACACUUCGUAAGCAGCGCUGAGAAGGACGCCAAGAAGGAAGAUUCUUACAAUCACCAAGUGCAGGAGGUGGCCCAGGAGGCACCUCCGAACAACGUAGCGCACCCGGCUGGGAACUGCACGAACUCUCCCUUGGAGAGCACCCAGGAGGUGGAUCCCCAGCUCUCCAGCUCUGCUGGGCUCGGCUUGGCRAGCCACGUAGCAAUAACCAACAGGGCUGUGAACAAUGUGGACGCUGCGCCCCGUGGUGUGGGACAGGUUUCCGUUUCCCCUUCAACUGUCCAGUCUUCAUCAGAGACUUUCCCCCCGUCAGCUCUGGUACUAAAGCAGAGUUUUAUUGAGAAACUCUCAGCAGCUGUCUGGAAAAAUCUUGCUAACCCCGAUGCCAACACCGGRACUGAAAAAAUUAACUACACGUAUCUGUUGACACGCUCAAUUCAGGCAUGCAAGACAAAUCCUGAAUAUAUUUAUACUCCUCUCAAAGAGAUAGCCCCUGCUGACCUCCCCAAGAGUAAGAAGCUCUUAACAGAUGGCUUUGCCUGUGAAGUGCGAUGUCAGAACAUCUACCUGGCCACUGGUUACGCUGGCAGCAAGAACGGGUCCAGGGAUCGCGCCGCGGAGCAGGCAGUCAGGCUGCUGCAGAAGUCCGUGGAAGUCAGAGUUGUCCAGCGCAAGUUCAGACACGUCUACCACGAGGACCUGGUGGUGUGUCAGGCAGGUGUGAAUCGCUUCGACUUCCCUCCUGCCCUCAAACCCCACGAUGAGUUUGUAGCUGCCAACAGGGAYUGCGUCCCUGCGCAGGCUGGUACUGACGGUGCGAAAACGUCCGCCAAUACCAGCAAACACUGGACUAGUUUUGUCCUCACGGAGAAUGCUAGYGACGCAAUAGGGAUCCUUAACAAUUCUGCCUCCUAUAACAAAAUGUCUGUUGAAUAUAAAUAUGACUUAAUGCCCAACCGCCUGUGGCGCUGCCGGGUGUAUCUGCAGGACCACUGCUUGGCAGAGGGCUUUGGCACCAAGAAGACCAGCAAGCAYGCAGCAGCCGACGAGGCGCUGAAGAUCCUGCAGAAGACCCAGUCGAACCUGACAGCCAUCAAGGUGACUCAGGUUCAGAAGGUGGGUUGCUCGUCGCGGGGCUCUGGAAGGAAGAAGGACCUGAAGGACCUCGUGGUUUAUGAGAACUCCAGUAAUCCRGUGUGCACCCUGAACGACACGGCGCAGUUCAACAAGAUGACGGUGGAGUACGUCUUCGAGAGGAUGACCGGCAUGCGGUGGAAGUGCAAGGUGCUGCUUGAAAAUGAGUUCAUCGCAGAAGCAGUUGGAGUGAAGAAAUCUGUGAAGCACGAGGCAGCAGAGGAAGCUGUGAAAAUCCUCAAAAAGACUCAGCCAACUGUUGUUAAUAACCUGAAGAAAGGCACCGUCGAAGAUGUCAUCUCCAGAAAUGAGAUCCGGGGUCGGUCAGCAGAAGAGGCUUUCAAACAGAAGAUCAAAGAAGACAACAUUGGGAAUCAAAUUUUAAGAAAGAUGGGCUGGACAGGUGGUGGCUUAGGGAAGGACGGCGAAGGGAUAAGGGAGCCUAUUUCGGUGAAGGAGCAGUUUAAAAGGGAAGGACUUGGGCUUGAUGUAGAACGGGUGAACAAAAUCGCUAAAAGAGAUAUCGAGCAGAUCAUUCGAAACUAUGCACGCUCUGAGAGUCACAUUGACUUGACUUUCUCUACAGAACUUAACAACGAUGAGCGGAAGCAGAUACAUCAGAUUGCCCAAAAAUACGGUCUUAAAAGUAARUCUCACGGGCAGGGCCACGAUAGAUACCUGGUGGUGAGCAGGAAGCGGCGCAAGGAGGAUCUGUUAGACCAGCUGAAGCAGGAAGGCCAGGUUGGACAUUACGAGCUUAUUAUGCCGCAAGCAAAUUGAGGUUACGGUGUCCAGUUCUGCAGGAGAAAGUGUGGUGAGACCGAACUGCCUAGAUCCCUAAUUAAAGAAAGAGAUGCUGCAUUUUCUUGUUGUGGGUUGUAUUAACAUGAAGGUGUUUUACUUGGCUCAUGCAAUUUUUAAAAUAUUACUAGACAAUUAGAACCGGCAAAGUUCUGUUCAAUAUAGUAGCGCAGCCCAAAAAAACAAUAGUGCUGUUAYUGUAUGUGUCUUUGAUAUUACUUGUACCUUCACAUUUUAAUAGUUUUGUAAUAGCAAAAACACAUGUCCAACCAGAAAGCAUUUGACAGCAUUUAAAAUUAUACCCUUUUUGAUUGAGAAAGGAAAAAAGAAAAAAAAAGCCUUUUUUUUUUAAAAAAAAAAACAAAAACAAGAAAAAAAGAAAAGGAAAUGCAGUGUGGAGGAAUAAAUCUGUAUGUAAAGUGGGUAUUGAUGACAAUAAAAA